CUUGUAAUUGAUUAAUUGUCAAGAUUAUUUAGUUUCUUUUUUACUAAAUCAAGGUUCAACAAUUUAACUAACACCAUUUCAUUUUGAGUUAAUCAACAAACUUUCAAUCACCUUAGUGAUUAAUUGAUUUUCACACAUUGAUGACAAUUUAUUAUUGAUUAUCAACUGUAUAUCGUUGAUUGUUGAUUAUUACAAGAAACUUUGAUUUUUCUAGUCAAUUGAUUGUUACCUGUUAGUUAAAUCAUUGAUAUUGGAUUUUAAUUGCGUUAAAUUUUCUCAAGCAAUUAACAUAAUCGCCGAUACAUAACAUAACAAUAGUGAUAAGUUUAGUUAAAUCAUUUAAAUGCUAAAUAUGUACAAAAAAUUAUUACCAUUGGUAAAUAAAUUGUUCCCAGUGAUUUGUUUGAUUGGUUGUUCAUUACAGUUAAUUGUUAUCACUCGUGAUUAUUUAAAGUUUCCAGUAAUUGAAUCAAUUGACAUCUCAUUCCCGGUGAGAGUUGAGAUUCCCGCUUUUACAAUUUGUACACAAUUUAUCAACGCAAUUAACUGGACCUACUUUCUUAAUCAUCAUAGUAAUUUAGUUGGUUACCUUAAUUGUACCUUAAAAGGAUCCAAACUUGAUCAAUCAAAUCAAUUGCGAUCUUGUUUCUUUGAUCAAAUAGGAGAUUAUUAUUUCCAAUCGUUCGUUGAGAAACAUUUUACAAUCAAUCAAUUUUACAAAAUGGUAAUUAAAUCAGAGCAAUUAAUUACUUCACAAGUAUUCUGGUCAGAAAAUGGAACCUAUGAUGGACUACAAUUAAACGAUCGUGUUAAUUGUUAUCGUGAAACUUUUCUCAAAGAUCCUCAUGUUUGCUAUCAUAUAAGAUGUCGGAAUAAGAUCAAUCCCAAUGAGUCCGUCUAUCUUUCUAAAAGUGACCUCAACUAUUGCCCAUCGAUCGGCGGUAUUUACAGCCUAGGAUUAAAUCGAGAUCUUUUUGACCAUUGGGAUCAUGCAUUUAUCUUUAUCCAUUCAACCAAAGAAAGGAUCUACGGGCCUGAGGCCUCUUCGAUCUUGAUCAAUCCGUUAGGUGUACCAACGAUUUUCUACUUUUCUUAUAAACGAUCAUCAGUCCAACUUUUAUCGGCACCAUAUGAGACUAAUUGUAAAGUUUAUCGAGAUAUUGACCAAGGGAUUGAAUCGGCUGACCAUCUAUUUGAAAUGUGUAUCAACAAUCAAACAAUUAAACUAAGUAACUUUAUCCUCUAUCAAACGAUUAUCAGUCAACCGGAUAAACUUUACUAUGGAUUUAGUAAUCGACGGAGAUUCAAUUACUCUCAACAAUUAAGCUCGAUUUACAAUUAUUGCUUUAAAUUUCGAGUUAAAUCUGAAUGUCAACAGAGUUUUUAUGUACCAAUACUCAAUGGUCUUCAAAAGAUUGACCCUCGAUCGAAUCAAAGUUUUGCUCUAGUUCUUGCCCCUUUCGAACCGGAUUUAACUAAAUCAUCAAUUCCCAAAUUGUCCUCAGUUGAUUAUUUCGUUUAUGUUGGUUCAGUUAUGAGCACUUGGUUUGGAUUCUCUAUUUAUAAACAUUUCACUCGUUUUUUCAGCAAUUUGAUUCCAAUUUACCAGAAUAAAGUUAAUUGUGCUCGACAAUAUCUCUAUUCAUGUUUCAUUGAUAAAAGUAAUUACCAACAGCACAAUUUGUGGAUUGAUAAUACAAAAGAUAAUCAAACUAAUAGAUUGAAGGUUAGCAAUGAGCCGAAUCAGUGGAGAAAUCAGUUGAUCAGAGAGCGACAAUUUAUUAAUCAUUUCCCAGUUCGAGGUUACCGUCCAAAGAAAUUAAUUGUUUAUAAAGUAACAAGAAAGUUUAAUUUAAAUUAACCAUUGUGAUUGUAAUUAUUUUGAUCGUUGAAUAAAAAUAAAAACUCAAAUCUUUUCAAUUUCACACAAUCAAAGCUCAUUUUUGAUUGGCAACUUUAAUCAACGAAACUUUUUUGAUUACUUUCUAAUUAUCGGUAUUGAUCAAUAUACACUAAUUUUGCCAAUCAACACCAAUCAUUUAAUUUGAUUAUUGAUUUCGUUACAUUCAAUGAUUGAUCACAAUUUUUUUCAAUCAAUU